AUGGAUCCUCCAUAUAUUACGCCUUUUAAGUUAGAUGCCAAUCUCAGGGCUCACAAAGAUCAAGCACCAAUUUUCCAUCAAGGUGAAGUCAUUGAAAAUGUCCAACGAGUAUCCGAAAUACGCUCUACUAUAGACGACUCUGAACUCAGUAAAAAUAUCGAUAAACUUAUAAAAACCAUAAGCGACUAUAUAAACGAAGAUUUCAACACAAAAGCUGGCACUAAAGACGAGCCUUUAUUUUGCCUGCCUGAUUUUUCAAGAUCUAUUCUUGAAAAAUCCCAACUUGCCAGAGAUUUAACGGAUCUCUUAAUCCAAUGCCGAAAUAAUAGAGAUUCAGCGAUUCCUAGAGAAAGUUUUUAUUCUGCACAAGAAAAACGAGUCUCCAAAAAUGUUUCGCAAAGCAGGUCUUGAAAAGAGCUUCUAUCAGCUUUAUUUGACCCUCAAGCUGAAGGGAUUUAUUUAUCCUCAUCAGAAAUAGCCGUACUGCUGUCAACAAUCUUGCAUUAUUGUGCUACGUCGGGAACUCAAGAUAUCAAGGAUGUUCUUUAUAGGAAGCAGAUCGAAUAUAUACUAAUUUAUAUAAAUAUAUUAUUAGCUUCCUCACUUUAAAUUGGAAAUUAUGUUCCUAUUAAGGGAAUUAAUUUUUUUAAAAAAAUUCUAUGAUUAAUUGAUUCAGUUUAAAAACUGUUUAAAUAAAAUUCAAUUUUUUCUAUUAAAUUACGUCAAAAUCAGUUUAGAAUAUAUUUAAUAUUUUUCACCUAUAAAAUUUUAUAUAUAAAAAAAAAUUAUUUCGAGUCUUGAUGUACCAAAAAUUCGAAGUUUUACCGAUAUUCUGUUCUAACUUAAAAGGGGGGGAGUAAGCAUCUUUAUAUAUAAUAAUGUAUUUCUUUUAAAAAAGGCAUAUCAAUACAGCACAAAAAAUCAGCAAAGUAAAAACUUUAUUAAGAAAAGGAGAAGAUGAAAGAGAAUUUCUAUUUGAGUCCAAUGCAAAGCUAGCAGAAACUAUUAAAACAUUAAAGAAACAAGAGGCUUUAUUAGAAAGACAAGUAGAAGACAGCAUGGUUGAAAAUUAUUCUAACGAAGAACACUUUAAUCAAUUAAGCCAAGAACUAAAAGAAGCCAAAGAUACGCUAAAAGAGCUUUUAAGAGGCAACAGAACUUCAAGUGUUGUUUUGCCUGAAUCCUUACAUAAUCGAAGCAGCGGCUCAAACAUAAAAACUAGGAGAUUUGACAUUGACUCGGAAGAAAGAGAUUCAUCGAAUCCUUUUGAAGAAGAAACCUUGUAA